UCUUUUUUUCCCCAUUUGGGACGGAAGGAACCUGUCUUAAAUUUGAAGACGGCGAGAUCCAUUAGUGAAGGUGAUUAUGCAAAGAAGAAUCUGCAACUCUUGGUCCAGAUUGUACAAAUUCUACUUUCUGUUCUUUAGCAACUCAAGGUCAGCUGAGCAAUCUGAAGAAUCUGCUGUGCUGCAUCUACUUUCUGCAGAAUUUGUUUAACAGAGGAGUUAUCCAUGGAGGGAAAGAGCUCGAGUGACCCUAUAUGGGAUCAUGCAACAUUUGUUGUGGACAAAGAGCAAUCUCAUAAGACUAAGAAGCGCCGCUCAACUCCAUUUAUACGUGGAAGUAAUGAGGUGUUAUUAAGCUAUGCUAACCACAAGUCAUCUAAAGAUCUGACCUUAUAUCUCGGUCGGACAUUGGCAAAAGCCGGAAUCCGCACUAUCAACUACGGACAUGACGGACACACUGCUUCAGUGGAAGAAAUCCAUCGAUCCAGCAUUUACAUUCCCGUGAUAUGUGAGGAUUAUCUGUCGACACCGGGUUGCCUGACUGAGCUUGGAUACUUGUUCGAUAUCUGGAAGCGAGAACCUGACAAAGUGAUUUUACCCAUAUUUCAUGGCCUCAAACCCUCUGAUGCAUUCAAGAGAGCCAGUACAAUAAUCGAUAAAAGUCGCUUGGAUCCAUUUAUUCGUGAGGCUGGGAUUGAACCUCUUAAUGUGGUUGCAAAGAUGAGUCCAUGGGUUGUCACCGAUCCCUGCUCUGCAGAAAUUGUGCACUUGAUUGCUCGAGAAGUUGCAAGUAUAAUACAUCCCAAAUUUCCACAAGAAGGUCCAUAUUUUGUUGGAAUUGAUCGGAAAGUAGAACAGAUCAUGAAUCUUUUAAAUGCCGAAGUUAAUGACAAAAGGGUAGUUGGUAUGCAUGGGAUGGGUGGUAUUGGAAAGACUACUCUUGCAAAAGUCAUUUAUAAUCGUCUCUCAGCUUGCUUUGAAGGCUGUUGCUUUCUUCCAGAUAUCCGGCAGACAACCAAACGAAUGAAGAACUUCUGUCAGAAUUUGCAGACGAAAUUGAUCUCUGGCAUAUUAAAGAGAGAGUGUGACGAGAUUACUUCUGCUGAUGAAGGAGUUAGCUAUAUGAGAGAAGUAUUUUGCAAUAUGAAAGUGCUGAUCGUUCUUGAUGACGUGGACAUAAGGUUUAAUCUCACAGAACUCAUAGGAGACCUCGAUACAUUUGGUCCUGGAAGCAGGAUAAUCGUUACCUCGAGAUAUGAAAAAGAUCUUCCAAGAGUUGAUCAGACUUUCGAAGUUCCAGAGCUGUGUCGAUGGGAAAUUCAGCUGCUUUUCUCCUGUUAUACAGAUGCAAAUUUUCAUCCUUUUAAUGUACUUGCUGCUGAAAUUGUGUCUCUUGUAGGAGGACUCCCCCUUGUCGUGGAAGUUAUUGGGUCAUUGUUGUUUCGUAGAGAAGUUGCAGUAUGGACAGAGACACUUCAAAAGUUAAAGCUUAUACCUAAUAAGGGAGUGCAAGAAAAGCUGAUGAUAAGUUAUGAAGCCUUGGAUGCCCUGCAAAGACAGAUGUUUCUUGAUAUAGCAUGUUUAGUCAAUGGAGCAGAUCGGCGGAUUGCAUCGUACAUGUGGCCUGAGUUCAGCACAUCUCAUUUUUUUGAAGGAAGUGAAUACUGGCAUUUAUCGUCCCUUGUAAAAAUCAGAGGUGACAAUGAGUUGUGGAUGCAUGACGAACUACGAGAGCUAGGAAGACAACGACUUGCAUGUCAAUGUGGUGACACAGAUUUCCCGAUGGAAAUUAAACCUCAGACAACACGGAGAGACCACGGCUUGUUUGAGGGCGUGAAGAUGGAAAUUAAACCUGAGACAACAUGGAAAGACUACGGCAUGUUUGAGGGCGUGAAGGGAAAGGGGAAAGUUGGAGCACUCAUUCCUCAAUGUGAUGAUCUAGCACCAUACGAAGAUAUGAAUACCCAAGGGAUGACAGGCGGAAGGUUUCUCAAUGUGGAAGAUGCAAGUAUCAAUAGAUACGAUGCUUUUCCAGAUUUGAGGUGGCUCCAGUUGCAUAGAUGUCCUCAAAAUUGUGAAGAAGCUAUAUCAUUUCCGAAGAGUUUAGUUAUACUGGACGUUUCAUGGAGCAACAUCGCUGAAAGCUGGGAGGGUUGGGGGCAAAUCAAGGUGAUGGUGAAAACGUUGAGAGUUUUGAACCUUACAGGCUGUAACCAUUUAAUCACUACUCCAAACUUCUCUGGUUUCCCAGACUUGGAGGUACUGAUUCUUGAACAAUGCUGCCAUUUGGUUAAGAUAGAUCCAUCGAUUCGCCAUCUACAGAACUUAGUUUCACUGAAUUUGAACUUCUGCACCGAACUCAGCACCUUACCUAAAGAAUUGGGCUUCAUGAAGGCACUGAAGGAGCUGUUAAUAGAUGGAACUUCUGUGCAAGAAAUUUCUGCGUCGAUUGGUCAUAUUGAGACACUCCAAACUGUCAGUGCUUCCGGCUGUCUUUCACUCGAUCGACUGCCCAGUUCAAUUGGUUAUCUAAGAUCCCUUUUAGUGCUCUCUUUGGAUCAUGCAAGAAUAACCGAAAUUCCAAGUUCAAUAAAAGAGCUGGUAAACCUUCAGAAGUUGUCAUUAAGGAAUUGUCGCUCGUUAGGAGAACUACCAAUUACCUUCGGAGAACUGGGAUUUCCAUUAUGUGAGUUGGAUGUUUCGAAAACGGGCAUCUCAGAGUUGCCUGAUUCAAUUGGAAACCUCAGUAGCCUGAGAGUGCUUAAAUUGGAGUCUUGUUUCAUUGAGGAAUUUCCUUCAACGAUUGUUAGGCUUCAAAGACUAGAAGAGAUCCACGCCUCAUACUGCAGGAGUUUGACGAAGUUCAUUCCCUCUGAUUCAUAUAAUGUUGCAUUUGGGAGACUUAUGUCUUUGAAAACAUUAAGACUGGGAUUUUCUCGUAUUUCUGAGUUACCAGAAAACUUCCGUAGCCUGCCGUGCCUCGAGACCCUCGACUUGCUUCAGUGCAACAUGCUCAGGAAAUUGCCACUUCUUCCCUCUAGCAUAACUCCUUUGCGGUAUACUUGUAAAGGAAUGAAGGAACCAAUGCUCUCCUGGUUGGAUAAUUUGAAAGAAGUGCUUUUGGCAGAUACUGACCCUGAGGAACUCAUUUGCCGAGAAACGGGUUCUAAGGAACCCACAUUUCGGCAACGUAAAUUUUCACUUAAUGGCGCUCCAAAAUUGAGGAUUAUAAAUUUUCGCCUCUCAUGGGUCAAUGAGAUCUCCUUCCCAUCCUUUUCCUGGGCUCUUCAUUCACUCAAGAAAGUUGUCUUGUCCUGUGUGAACCUAAAAUACGUUUCCGCAUUUCCUCCAACUUUGGUAAGCUUAACGUUUCAACACUGCCGGUCUCUGAAGAAUGUGUACCUCGGCAGGUUGAAAGCUUUGAAGGAAUUAUACUUGGACCACUCCGCCAUGUAUCAAAUCGGCGACCUCCAUGAGCAAGAAGCUUUGGAAAUUCUGAAGUUAUCCCACUGCAGAGUGGAACAUCUGGGGGGGCUCCAGAAGCUAACGUCUCUAAGAAGUUUGACUGUCUCUCACUGUGAUCACCUCAGCAAGUUGCCGGAUCUAUCCAAACUGAAAGCUUUGGUGGAAUUAAACCUUGAUAAGUCUGCCAUCAGUCAGAUCUCCGGCCUCUCUAACUUACAAGCAUUGGAGAUUCUGAAGGUAUCCGACUGUGGAGCACUGGAACAUCUGGAGGGGCUACAGGAGCUAACGUCUCUAAGAAGUUUGACUGUCUCCCAUUGUGAUCGACUCAGCAAGUUGCCGGAUCUAUCGAACCUGAAAACACUGAGAGUCUUAGACAUUCCGGGUGGUUGGGAUGACUGAUGGUAUUCAGAGCCUCUAAGGAUUUGACAUCAGACCAAAACUGAGUUCCUCAAUGUUCUUAUUCAAGAAAUCUACUGGUAGACUCAAAGAUGUUCAUUCACUGAUGUCGCUCUGCCUACGGAUUGCCCAGCAGUUGGCACUUGAUUUCCUUGCAGAGGCUCCGGACAAUCCGAAGCUUAAGUGUGAAUAGCAUCUAAAGGACAGCAAAUGUAACUCCGCAAUGCAACCACAAGACAUUCGGCACAAUGUCAUGGAAAGGGCCCCCACCAGAAUAAUUUACAAAUGCUUGCUCUCUGUACAUCUGUGUUUUUUUUUUUUUUUUUGGGAUGUGAAUGCUCUCUCCAUGUCAAGGAUGAACACGUUGAGGAAAUCUUCCCAACUUUUGGAAGCAUAGGCAUCAUUUACUUUGCUCGGAUCACGUUCUUUCUUUGGACAUUGACUGCAAAAGUAGUCCUUAUGUUUAGUGUUGUUUCCAGUAACUCUUUUCUGCAAUGAUCAACAAAUGGCCAGUGGGUACGGCUCGCCUUACGAUUU